CACACAAGCGGCUGUGCAGUCCACGUCGGGGUAGAAGAUUCGUGCGCGUGCGUCUCGAUUGCUCAGAAAUCGGGCGUCACUUCACUCCCUCUAAAAGUUAGUUUUUUCUUACUUGUACCCGCGCUUCGAUGGAGGACGAGGCGAACAGUGCUGCCGAGUCACCAGCAUCCACCGGCAAUGUUCAUGUCAUAGGAGGUGCUGCUGCUGCUGCUGUUGAGGCUGCUGAGGCCGAUGCAGCUGCCGUCUACGCGUCGCUGCACUCGGACGACGCAGCAGCAGCCGAGGCCGCGUUGGCUUCGCUGGCCGACCAACCCGCGACCGAGUCCAGCACGAGCCCCAACAUUGCUGCAGCAAGUGCACAGUCCCGCCACGACACGUUGUCUGGCUCAGACGCGAGUCUGGCAGGCCUCAUUGAGCUGUCUCCGUCGCCGUUGAGCGAUGACGCGGGUGUUGAGGCUGAGGCCACCGACGGCCCAUCUCCAAGUGCGUCUGCGAGCCCCGACGACGACGAGAGGAAUGCCGUGUUUGAAAUCUCAGACUUUACGACGGCGUCGCACUGGGAGCGAUUCACUUCAAGUCUAGAGCAGCUCUUCCGAAAGUGGGGCGUUGACCAGCAGCAGUGUCCGACACUCGCGACACUCCCAACGGCACUUGCUGGACUGCCGGGUUCCUCGGAGCGCUAUUGCAGCCAGGUGCUCAACUUGUCAGAGACCCUGGUGCGCGUCACGCUGUUCUUUGAUGCUCGCCUUCAAGACACGACGGCUACAGCGCACAUUCGCGGCAUGACGACCUCCGUCGCGGCGAAUCUUCGCAAUAACUUGGUCCACACGCACGCGACCGCACAAAUGAUGCAGACUUCUGGUGAUUUUGUUUUUGACACGCACGAUCUCGGCAACUGGUUUGGGCUCAACCAAUACAUUGCAGUCACUUCGGCGAACGGCGGAUCCAUCUCUCCUUCAGACGCCAAGCUGAUUUUCAGUUCUCUGAAUUUGGCGGCAGUACAAUCGCGAUGCGUCAUCCCACUUUUCGUUCAAGUGUACGAGCCAUGGCGCAAAAUGUAUCUCGGAAGCAGCUGCGAUGCGGAAGCACACACCAAAUUCGACACGCUCACCCUGCAGAGCGGUCCAGUACACUACCGCCAUUUGACCGGGCUCGUUGAUUUGUUCAACUCGAAACUUGCGCUUCCUCCCGCCCUGGCUGCCACCGUCUUGACGACUGUUGCCGUGCGCUUUACCUAUGUCUUGUCAUGGUGGUUUUCAACAGGCAGUGUCGGAGGUGUUUCACCCAGCUCAUCGACCGACACCAGCGCGCUCGGUCCGGCGACAUACUCGCAGGAUGCUGCUGCUGCUGCUGCUGCUGCUGCUGUUGAACCUGUUCCCGCGACGACUGGGGAUCGCACAUGGCUCGAAUGGGGCUGCACCGUCGACCCCGUGUCUUCGUUGCAGGUAGCAGCUGGCUGGCCGGCAUGUCCGGCAGACCAUCUUGUCGAUAACAGUGUCCAUUCCGACUUGAAUUGGUCUGUCGCCCCUGAGCUCCGGGCGCGCAUUGUCUCGCUGGCUCACCAAAAGCUGACCGUGAACACGUUUGAUCUGCUGUUGCUUACUUCCAAUGUGAGGCAGUUUACCUUGGGCUGCCACUCGCGCGAAUCGCUCCAGCAGUUGCUUUCCAGGUUUGCCGCGCAGUCAGCUCCUCCACCGUCCUUCCCUGGCAGUGCUCCCAAUUCUGAUCUCGUAAAGCAGCGCGCAGCCAUGUCGAUGCGCAUCACUGCAAUUUUGGAAGACUUGCUCGCACCGUCCGACCGCACCGCCACAACACUACUCCCCGUUCCCGCUCGCUUGACCAAAGCCGCUCCACGCAACAGCCUUUGUUACGCACUGUCAUUGUACUUUUGCUUUUUGAACAAAUCCGUGGGUCUGCCAUCUGUUGCCGCUCUUUGGCGAGAGUUUCUUCAUGCCAUCCGUCGACACUGGGAGAAGCUGCAAGUCCUACCACGCGUCUUCACAGAGCCAACUGCUGAUUCUCAUACUACAUCACACGCCGAGCCCGACAUGUCCGCAUGUCUGUUGUACCAAAAGCUUCAAAUGCUCAACCUGUGCAUCACGAGCAAGCUGCGCAUGGACCGACUUCGGCACCAGGCAUCCGCUUCCUCAUCCGUCACCCCGCUUCCCGUUGGCUCAUCCAGCAAAAGCCAUGCCAAUGGCGAGGAUGACGACGGAGAUGAUGAAGACGAGUUCUUCCUUGCACCCGAAACAGAGGACGAUCGUGCAGCUGCGUCGUCCGCCCAACAACAACAACGACUGGGUGUUCUUCGCGAGACGCCCUUAUUGAUGAUGGACACGCACCAGCCAAUCUGUGUGCCUCUUACACAGGAGCCCGCACCAAUGACGGAGGACAUGGUGUACGAGCAGCAGCAGAUUUUGAUCAAGUUGGGCGAGAGCGAAGAAGGCGCUCGCAUUCGAGUUCGCAUGCAGGCAUCCUCGUUGCUGUCUGACAUGGAAGCGUUCAAAGCUGCCAAUCCCGGGUGCCGUCUUGAGGACUUUGUGCGCUGGCAUUCGCCGCGGGACUGGAUUUUGCCAGACGCGCCCACCAGCAAUCCAAGUCCAGUUGAAGAAGAUGUCAACGGUUCUCUGGGCCACCUGAGUCAGCGCUUUCAGCAACCAGGGAACACUUGGGUGGAAGUGUGGGAGGGAGCGCGGUCUGUGCCCGUCGCCAAGCAGCGGUCACUGUUUGAUUUCACCAAGGAGGCGGAAAAGGUGCUGCACUUCCUCGAAAACCUUCCUCCGGCGACCCUGUUGACACAACUUCUUCCCUGCGUGCUCGAUGCGGCAUUGGCCACGUUUGACGAGUCGUCGCCGGUUUCGAAAUGGCCCUCCUGCGCCCCUGUCAUCCGCGACCUGGAGUUUGCCAGCAGCAUUCUUUCCAAAGAUCUUGCAGCUGCAUUUGCCGCUGCCAUGUCCGGACAAACGGCAAAUUCGGCCCCGACAGGCCUGAUCUCUGCAGCCGUUGAAUCGUUGACGAACUUGACUCCAACCACCUCGCUUUACGGUUCCAACCUGUCUGGCGGGAGUGGGGGUAUGCUUCACAUGCUUGCCUUUUCCGCGCAUCCAACGCUCGACACCAAGCUACAUCAGGUUCUUGGUGCGAUGGCGCGAGUGGAGCUGACUGUUGCGACCGCCAUGUCCUUGCAGCAAAAGCUCUCGGCAGCUCCGGACUUGGCCAACGCCCUGACCAGCGGACACGAGCUUGUCUUGAACGACGCGCACCGAGCGCUUGUCAUGCAGCUUCUCGCCUCAAAGAAUCUUGGCUGGGAUGUUCCCGCGGCCGCGGCCAACAAGAGCACGGCAAAGCCCGCGCACCACUCUGAAGCCUCCUCUACACCCGGCGAACCUCGCGGUCUGCGACCCACCACGCGCGAGUUUAUUUUGCGAGCGUUUGCGCCACGACCUGGAACGCCAGGAGCGCGUUUUGCCGCACACCGGAUGUACUGUCUGCAGGGAGAAGGCGAAUUCCGCAUUGCCGGAGCCUUCACCACCGACACUGUCUACCACUAAACUGCGUUUGAAAUGCGCGAUGCGGCUGACUGACAUUCACGCAUGCAGACAUUUACGGUGUGCCCUUUAGUGGUUGCUUUGCUUCACUUUGGCCUGCAUUGUACCGUACCUCUUUGAACCUGCACAGUAUUUUUUGUACAUGCACAUGAAAGCUGGGUUUUCCCCUCCUUGCUUGUUGACCUCCAUCC